AUGCGCACUGUCACCAUCGCCCUUCUUUGCUUCCUCUUGCUAGUAGCUCUCGACAUCGGCCGCAUCGUCGCAUCAUCUGGCAUCUUUCCGCUGGUUGUUCGCUACCUCCGCACCUCCGUCUCGUACCUAUACUGGGAGAUCUGCUGGGAAGUCUACUAUCAGUUCACCCACAACUUCGAAGGAGUUCCCUUCUACCUCCGCUUCAUCGCACUCCUCAUCUGUGUCUAUCUCACCUUCUACCUAUACGUACAUAUCAAGUAUACCUACUGGAUAUGCCCUCAUCCCGAGGCCGACCACGAACACCCCCAUGAACCUGCCGAAAAGGGACAAUCGCAAGAGACGAAGCUCCCUAUCACUCCCACCGUCGCUCACAUCACACCGCCGCCCGUCACACUACCGCCUGCAAAGCUAGCGCCUCCUUCAUACCCUCCGCCGUUCGGGUUCCCCUUCACCAACUUCCGCGGCACCGGCGAGUCGUUCGCACACUCCGAUCGACGCGACCCGACACACUAUUCCGUUCUUCAACUGUCGACUUCUUGGGGAAAUACCCGUCGCAAAGAACGCGAUUACUGGCGGUCUGCACCUAGGCAACCACCACCAGCCUAUAGGUCUACCGAGCACGAAAAGGUCGCCGCGGCACCUACCAUACCGAAGCCAGAAGUGGCUCAAAUCACUACGAAGUCGACAGCGACUACCACAAAGGACCAUGUAGUCAUCGCGCCUGCCCAUAAGGUUGUCGAGCUACCUAUCACAUACCUUCCGGCCCCGCCACAGCCAUCUUUCGAAGACCUUGCCAGGUCGACCAUGAGCAACCUGGCUAGCCAAGCAUCUACCCUCGAGACUGCGAUGAGGGGGUUUUUGGUUGCUGCCAGUACCGGCACUGAGUGGAUGUCGUCGGUAAACGCGAUUUGGACCUUGAUGGCGAGUGCCGAGAUUGACCUGAAGCCAUACUUCGUGGGCGGUAUGACUAUGGAGCAGUCAUCCCAUAUUGGCUGGAAUGCCUCUAUUGUGGAGUUUUGGAACUUCUUGGUCCCUGAAGGUGCUUCCAUCCAAAAGAGCCAGGAACUGAUGGUUUUCCUUGCGCUUUAUCGUCAAUUCGCCAACUACCUUGGGUUGAAGGAUUGUCUCAAAGACCUCAUCAUCAUGAGGCCCGAACCUCCCGCGUCAAGUACGCAAGACCCUCCAGCCCCCAAGAUGGGGACGCUGUCCGCCAUUCCCACCACCACUAAACACCUCCCCGAUCCCGCCAUCACGAUCGCUCCGCAGCCGCAACAGGCACCGAGUACCUCCGCGCCUAUCCAACAGGCACCUCCCCAGCAGCCGACAGUGCCUCAAGGUGCAGCAGGCCUCAUUGACUUCAGCAAUGAGGAUUGGUUCGGCCUGCCGGAGAAGCGGCUCAUUAGUCUCACGUGGAAGCGAUUCAGAUGGCCCAACGAGGCAGCCGCCAGCAAGACGAUAGGUGAAUACGAUAUACCAGAGCUUCUUUCGUUACCCAUGAAGCAUCCAGAGUUCAUCAUGGCCUCGUAUGUGAAGACAGAGCUUGAGAAAAUGGCGCCAAUCUUCAAACGCGCUUCGAUAGUUCUCCGACUCCAAGGUCGUGGAUGCCCGUUGUUCCGUCAGCACGGACUCGAGAUGGCACCGUUAAUGGGCAACAUGACGGCUUGCCUCUCUCGCGCUGCCGAGAUGACCAAUCAGUGCCAAGAGGUUGCAGAUUGGGAUUCUCGGGAUGAAUGGUACCAAGCCUGUCAGUAUUUCCACCAGAAUGUCUUCGGACGAGACAAGAUUUGGGAUUGGCUGUGUCACCAGUACGACUCCACAGAUAAGAAUGAGGAAGACAAGCACUACAAGACUCGUCCUCUCAAGGAAUUGUGGGAGAAGAUGGCGCCGACAUGGCUUCCAGACGUUGCAAAACCUUGA